AUGGAGAAGUCUACGGGUGAGGUUUGCAGCAUGAUUCAAAAACAUUAUCAGGAGUUCACAAAGGGAAUGAAUACAGAGCACACGGUAGCAGCUAUGCAUGACAUUGUAGCUCAUCCAGCAACGGCUCAUUGGGUUAUUCCUGCUGAGAACAAGGUGAAAGUCAAUUUCGAUGCAUCGUUCAGAGAUGAAACAAGGGAUGGUGCGUGGGGUUUUAUUGCUCGAUCUGAUACAGGGGAGUUCAUUGGAGCUGCGGCAGGAAAACUGAGACACCUGCGUGAUGCACUCCAGGCUGAAGCAGAAGCUUGUUCUGCAGCAAUUGAGGGAGCAAAUGCGUUGGGUUUACACCGGGUCGUUUUUGAGUCUGAUUCACAGAUUUUGGUCAAGGCCCUGACAUCUACAUCCCAUGAGCUGGCAGAAAUUGGUGUUCUAUUACGUGAAAUAAGGAGCAGCUGUAUUAGCUCCUUCAACUCUUUCGAGUUCAGUUUCUGCCCGCGUAGAUGCAACAAAGUUGCACAUUCUCUGGCCCAAUUUGGGUACCGAGUUGAAUCUGAAUGUAAUGGUUGGGCUGAUCAUGCCCCUCCUUUUGUAUCUGAACUUGUUGCCAGCGAUUUGGCUGAGCACUAUGGUUAA